AUGGCUAUCAACUACUAUCCACCCUGUCCCGCGCCAGAGCUGACUUAUGGCUUACCUGGUCAUGUUGAUCCUAGUAUUAUUACCAUUCUCCUUCAAGAUGACGUGCCUGCUUUGCAGGUGCUCAAAGAUGGAAAGUGGAUUGCUGUCAACCCCAUUCCAUACCCUUUAUUAUCAAUAUUGGUGACCAGAUACAGGGAUUUAAAUUACGAUAGCGAUCACGUUUUCAGUCGCAUCGCGUUUGUUACGAUUGAGGAUAUAAUGGAGACCUUCGCAGUCAUUGCAGCUAUUGCGUGUGUGCUAUCUGCUUGCUUCUGUCAAUCUCAAGUUUCACUCUCAUCUCUUGUAUCUUAUUUUAAGUCCCAGCAACUCCUGCCUCCUUCUAUCAAUGUAACAUCCUGCCUCCCAUAG